CUGAGUGAGGCCUUAUAAGGCGGAUAUACAGUGACGUCAUAAGCACGGUAGCAUGGCACACGCUUGCUCCUUCAGUGCGUUAGCGUAAAGGGGAAAACACAUACGCGCACACAUAUACACACACAAAUACAUACACACACACACAUACACACACAAAUACAUACACACAAAACACACACAGAGAUUAAUAGAUGUGUACAUAUAUCUAUACAUAUACACAACUACCACCACGAGUAAAUACGUAUAUAUACACAUAAAUAUACAUAUAUAUAUACGCAUUAAUAUAUGUAUAUAUAUAUUUAUACAGUUAACGCCACACACAUAUAUACACAUCGAUACUAACGUAUUUAUACAUACACACACAUGCACAUAUACAUAGUCCUAAAUACACACGCACACACGCACACAUAUAGCGCGCACUCUAAAAAUGGUGGAACCAGCUAAAGAAAAAGAAUUCCUUCGAAAGAAAUUUCGUGUGGAAGAAGUGCUGAAGAAAAAGUUUAAGAUGUGCGAUGGAGGUUUAUUCGAAGUUCAAGAUAACAUCAACAUGUUUCCAGUUUUCAAUCCUGUGCUGCAGUCACCGGCGACCAACCAUGUAUCAUCUCCAGUCUCUCUUGCACCAUCAUUCACUCGUCCUAGCCGUGGAGUCGCUACAGCUUUUCCAUUACCCCAGCUGCAGUCACUCAACCAAACAUCGGUGCCACAAGUUGCUGCCAAACUUCGCCAUUCUCAACCUCAACAUUCUUAUUAUCACCAUCAAAUGCAGCAUUUUCCCAAAUCAUCCCAGCAGCAGCAUCAACAACAGCAGCAACAACAGCAGCAGCAGCAGCAGCAGCAGCACCUCCAGCAUCACAGACAACAGCAACAGCAGCAGCAGAUACAGUUGCCACAAAUACAUCAUCUACAGCAGUUGAAGCAGCAACAACAGCAGCAUCAUCUGCAGCAGCAGAAACAUCAACAAGAAGAACAUAAGCUACUCUCACAGUCACCCCAUCAUGUGUCACUACCAUCACAACAUCAUCAACAACAUCAUCAUCAUCAACAACAACAACAACAACAUCACCAUCACCAACAACAACAACAGCAGCAACAACAACAACAACAACAACAGCAGCAGCAGCAGCCAAUGUUUCGAGUGUACUCUCCUAUUCAAGAACCAGGUGAAAUACUGUUACCUCCCCUGCAGCCAGUCAACCAGAAACAUCUGUUAUCAUCGGUGCAUGAAAAUGUAUUGAUGCCUCACCAAGACCAGCCACAGCAAUGUCAAGAUGGCCAGAAGAAAGCUAUACCUCAGCCAAACCCCGAACCACAAUCAAAAGAAAUUGAGAAGGACCACAAAAGUACCCAGGUACAAUCCCAUGUCAAUACAACAGUUGGCUAUCAGAAGGUGGAGAAAACAUGUCCAAUGCGAUUCAUUGAUUUAUUGAAGAAUUUAAGCCACGUUGAAGGUACAAUUGCUUGGUGCAUGGACCUAGGCCUGAUUCCGUCAUCUCAUACAUGUCACCGGUGUGGUGCAAUGAUGCAACUAAAACCUUGUCCAGCUACUGUGACAAGUGAUGGUUACAUAUGGCAGUGUAACAAACAAAAAUCUGGUGUCAAAUGUGACACUUCUCGGUCACUGCGAGCAGGCAGCUGGUUCUCCCAGAGCAAUCUGACUCUUGAAGAAGUUUUACAGAUCACAUAUUGGUGGACACAAUGUGUUUCUGAAGACUUCCUUGUUUACCAAACUGCAGUUAGUAAACCGUCUGUUCUUGAUUGGUGCAAUUAUUGCCAGGAACUCUGUUUGACCUACUUGAUGAAACAGAGCCAAUCCAUCGGAGGACCAGGAACAGUUGUAGAAAUCGAUGAAGCCAUGUUUUAUGGUCGGAAUGGUCACCGUUUGUCUGGUCAGUGGAUUUUCAGUGGCAUUCAACAGAAAAGUAACUGGUCUUGCUUUAUCUUCCCAGUUGGAGAAAAAACAGAUGGAACUGGUCUUAUAGAGGUUAUUGAACGCUGGGUGAAACCUGGCACGACAGUCCUGUGUAACUGGAACCCUACUGAUCGUCUCACCGACGAUGGACAUACAUACCUGAAGUUUACAUACAAUAUGACCUUCAAGUGUGUUGAGGAUAUGGAGGUGAAUGAUGGAAGCAUCAAUGAGAAUGGUGAUUUGUCUCUGAAGGACACCCCUGUGAUUGCAAAGAAUUUCUGGAAGGAAAUUCGUGCAUCUUCCACGUCAACAGAUAAUGUGACCUGUGAAACUAUAACAUUUGAUAGUGCAAUGGCAGAAAGUAUCUGGCGUAAACAACAGGGAGAAGAAGAUAUCUUUCUUUCAUUUAUCAAAGCUGUUAAAUUUGCCUAUAGUUAGUGACUAGGUUAGGCUGGAUAGUCCUUCCAAAGGUGAGACUUUGAGGUCAGUUGUGAGGAAAAAGAACAAAUUUAAAAAAAUAUAUUGCACAAAUUGGUCAUGGUUUGAGGGGAACAUUGAUGAGAAAGUGACGUUUGGCAUCGUGUGAUGGAAGAAAGAAAUAGAAGGAAUUCAUCAAAGAUUCCCGCUUCUUAGCCAUUGAUGCUACUGUCUGUCGGCAUUCCCCACCCCCAGGAAAUGUCAUCAUGUGUCCCCCCUCCCCCACUACUCUCAAUAUUGGUGGAAAGGCAUGUUCAUCACCAGACAUUCUUCACAUAUUGUUUUGGAAACAAAAGAAAAAUAUUACAUAAACUUACCAAAUCUCUAUGAUUUCUUCAAACUUUCCAUUACCUGACAUUUUAUGAAGAGAAUGGUAGAUUUAUGAAGAGAAUGGUAGAUUUAUGAAGAUAGAUGAAUAAUGAAGAGGAGACAGACAUCCUUGCCAAAUUCAUUAUCAAGGUCAUUCAGUACAGUUUCUCUCUCUCUCUCUCUCUCUCUCUCUCUCUCUCUCUCUCUCUCUCUAUCUCUCUCUUUUUCUCUCCCUCUCUCUUUCUUUCUCUCUCUUUUAUCAUGCACAGAAACAUUCCAAGUGCAUGCACUGGUGAAAAAAAUGGAUAAAAGCACACAUUUACACAUGUAUGUAUAUAUGUACAAACACAAACAUCUAUACAAACACACUCACAUUCACACAGACACAUACACACACUCAUAUAUAUGUACAUACAUACAU